AUGUCAUCGUCUGCUAGUGUAAUUGCAACUUCCAAGUCCACAAGUGUCACUGAUGACGAGGCCAAUACAGCGCUGAUUUUGUCGAAAAGUGACGAUGUAAACACGACACAGAGCAAUGCGCAACAACAUCCCAUUGAAAUUGACAUUUCAUUCAGAUAUUGGUCAGCACACAGCAUGAGAAAGUUUAUUAUCAUUUGGUUGGAUCCAAACAUGAAUGAAUUGAAUAAUGAUUAUCAAAAUUCUAUCAGUCAACUUCGACAAAUUGUCAGUUCAACUAAAGUAUUUACAGAUGUCGAGCAAUGUAUCGACUUUAUUAUUGAAAUUGAAAAUGCAAAGUUUUUUCUGAUUUUACCGGAAGCGAUCACCAAAACAGUCAUGCCACUUAUUCAUGACACACCUCAGCUCGAUUCUAUUUAUGUCUUUUGUUUGAACAACAUCAAAGAUGAACAAUGGAUUUCAAAAUGGAAGAAAAUCAAAGGUGUCUUUUCGGAUAUCUUAUCCAUUUGUGAUCAACUUCAACGCAACAUUAAGCAUUACGAGCGGAAUGGUAUACCGGUUUACAUUAUAUCAACAUCUUCAAUUACUGAUUUAAAUGAACUCGAUCAAACAUUCAUGUAUUCACAAUUACUUACAGAGAUUCUUCUCGAAAUGAACUAUGAAAAAGCGGCAAAAACAGAAUUCAUUGAACUCUGUCGUAAACAAUAUCAAGAUAACAAAGUGCAGUUACAUAAAAUUGAUGAUUUCGAACGAAACUAUGAACAUCACUCGGCGCUAUGGUGGUAUAUAAAUGAAUCAUUCAUAGUUUACAUGCUUACUAGGGCAUUACGAACGCAAAAUAUCGCGACCAUCAUCAAAAUGGGAUUUUAUAUAAAAGAUCUUCAUCGACAAAUUAAACAAAUACACUCCGCAUCAAACAAAAACAAACUAAUGACUACCUACCGAGGUCAAGUCGUGGCAAAUGCUGAAUUUGAGAAGUUGAAAAACAGCAUAGGCUCUCUCAUUGCAUUCAAUAGUUUUAUAUCGACGACCACCAGUUCUGUGGAGGCAAUUUUAUAUGCUGAAUCUGCUCAAGUCGACCCUCAGUUGAUGGGUAUUGUUUUUCAAAUGGAAAUUGAUCCGUCGAUCUUGACAAUCCCUUUCGUUUCAUUAAGCGACGUUUAUGACAUCCCGUUUUGCGAAAACGAAAUUCUAUUCUCGAUGCAUACUGUUUUUCGGAUCAAUAAAAUUGAACAAAUAACCGAUUAUUUGUGGAGUGUGGAUUUGGCAUUAACGAGCGACACUGACGGUCAGCUUCAACGUCUGGCUCAACGUUUACGUAAAGAAAUCGAAGGACAGAAUCAGUUGCAUCGGUUAGGUAAUCUAUUAAUCCGGAUGGGCGAAUUUGACAAAGCGGAAGAAAUAUUCAAGACGUUACUCGAAACAACAUCAAAUGUUGACCUGGAACAAGUUACGUCUUUCUACAAUCAAUUGGGAUGUAUUUGCAAAGAGAAGGGCAAUUUUUCAAGUGCACUCUCUUAUCAUCAGAAGGCGCAGGAAAUUCAGCAGAAAAUUGCUGUGCCAAAUCAUUCUGCGUUAGCUAACAUCUAUAAUAAUAUUGGUGAAGUGCAUCGAUUAAUGGGAGAGUAUUCAACUGCACUGUUAUACUACCGAAAAACGCUUAUAAUCGGCCAAAACUUUGUCAGUUCCGAUUCUCCGAUGUUAGCUAUUAUAUAUAAUAAUAUUAGUCAGGUGUAUAAUUUGAUGGGAGAUUACUCAGCUGCUCUCUCUUACCUACAAAAAACUCUCGAAAUCCAAGAGAAAAAUUUUCCGCUGAAUGAUUCAAAUCUGAUCGCUAAAUACAACAACGCAGAUAAAUCCGAUGAUUCAAUUGGAGAAAACUCAGUUGCAUCAUUGAACUUACAAAAAGUCUUUGAGAUACAAGAAAAAGUUAUUCCGUUUAAAAAUCCUGAUCUGGCAGCUACAUAUGAAAACAUCGCUCGAAUGCAUUACGCUAUGGGAGAAUAUUCAAUUGCACUCUCACACCAUCAGAAGGCAUUUGAAAUCCGACAGAAAUCUCUUACGUUCGACCAUCCUUUACUGGCUAUUACACAUAACAACAUUGGACAAGUGCAUUAUGCUAUGGGGGAAUAUUCCACUGGACUUGUACACCAUCAAAGGGCACUCGAAAUACAACAGAAAUCACUCCCAUUGAAUCAUCCUGAUCUGGCUGCUACUCAUAGCAAUAUUGGUCGAGUAUAUGAUUCGAUGGGAAACUAUUCCACUGCAUUAUCCCACUUGCAAAAGACACUUGAGAUCCAAGAAGAAAGUCUCCCACCCCAUCAUCCUGAUCUGGCAACUACAUACGAAAACAUCGGUCGAGUGCACUAUGCUAUGAGAGAAUAUUCAAUUGCACUCUCCCAUCAUCAGAAGGCCCUUGAAAUCCGACAGAAGUCUCUUAUGUCUGAUCACCCUGUAUUGGCAAUUACACAUAACAACAUUGGACAAGUGCAUUAUGCUAUGAGAGAAUAUUCCACUGCACUUUUACAUCAUCAAAGGGCACUCGAAAUACAACAGAAAUCUCUCCCAUCUAGUCAUCCCGACCUGGCUAUGACAUACAAUAAUAUUGGUGAAAUUUACGUCGGAAUGAUUGACUACUCAAAUGCAAUCCUAUAUUAUAAAAGGACGCUUAAAAUUCAGCAAGUAGCUUUUCCAUCUAACCAUCCAUUGUUAGCGAUCACCUACAGCAACAUUGGCCGUGUAAAUGAAUUGAGAGAACACUACUCAGAUGCACUAUUUAAUUAUGAGAAUGCACUCAAAAUUCGGAAAAAAGCUCUCCCGCCCAACCAUCCGUCGCUUGCAACCACUUAUAAUAGCAUUGCUGAGAUGUAUCGAUUGACGGGAGAUUAUUCAUCUAGUCUUCUGUAUCAUGAACAUACACUUGAAAUACAAACGAAAUCUCUGCCGCCAAACCAUUUAUCACUCGCUGAAAGUCAUCAUCAGAUUGCAGUGAUCUUGAAAGGGCUUCAUCGAUAUAGCGAAGCUGCUGAGCAUGCAUCACGUGGUCUCAAUAUUAUGCGUCAUAGUUUGGAGCCACAACAAUCUCAAGUGGAAAAGUAUCAAAAAUAUCUCGAUGAAAUACUGCUCAUACCGGAAUGUAGCAAGCUCACUAUGGUCAAAAACAUCAAUGAAUGGACCUAUCCUUUUCUUCUUGUUCUUCACUCAUCGCACCAAUCUCGGCUACAUUCAAUAUUGUUCGACUUAACUGAUGGUCACCUUAUGCCUCCUAGCUUACCGCACGAGUGUUUAACCAAGCUAGAGUCGAACAAACAAGUUAAGAGUAUCGUGCUUGAGAUGUUGUCCGAUUCUGUCGAUGAGCGAGAUCGCGUGCUCAAAGAUUUUUCAUCUGUCGAUCACAUCGAAUCAAUUUAUUUGCUGGGCAAACCGCCAGAAAUGAGCGAACAACGAUAUAAGUUUUUCACUAGCUUUCACAAAGUUUCCAUAUUUUGUGAGGAUGAAGAAGAACUAGCUGUUCGUUGGGCAUUGGAUACGGCUAAUGAAUUUCGACAAUUGGGUGGUCAAUGUGCUGAGGCAGGUAAUAUCGAUUCGGCUCGUGAGUACUUUCAACGAGGUAAAGAACUCUACAAGCACCUUGCCAAGAUUAUCGAUCAACCAAGAUCACAAACGUCAUGA